AACCUCAUCAUGAUUGGUGAUUAAAACACAUUUGUCCGUGUUCUUGUUUAAAUAACCCCAUCAAGAUUAAAACACAUUUGUCUAUGUUCUUGUUUAAAUGGUCCCUUCAUGGUUAGUGGUUAAAACACAUUUGCCAAUGUUCUUGUUUAAAUGGUCCCUUCUUGAUUGGUGGUUAAGCAUUUUUGUCAGUAUUCUUGCUACAUUAAUUCCAGUAUGGUUAGGUUCAUAUUCUUAUUUUAAUAGACCCCUUGCUUUCUCUUACUCAUUAUUUUAAUUAUCAGACAAUAAUUUAACAUAGUGCAUUGUGAUUCUCUUAAUUUAAAUUGUUCAGAUAUCAUUGUGUCCUUGACAUACACAAUAAUGGUUGUUUCUAUUGAGAUUAUUGUAGCCUCAAUAAAUUCAUCGUGUUUGCUUGUUUAUACAGUAUGUACAGAUUUGUCAUUAGAUAUCAGCCAGAUCACGGCAUCGACUGGGAAGAGGAAACAUACAGACGGCUACUUAUCAGAACCAUCAAAGAAAAGUCUUUCAUGGCCAGAGACUCAAGACAUGAUCUCACCACAAGAGGUCGAUGUUAAACGUCUGUCACUUGACCUGAAAGAGGCUCUGAAAGCAGAGAAGGAAGAAUCUCUCUGUUUUAUGUCCAAGAUGGAAGAUCUGAUCAAAGAUGAAGUAUUAGAUGCUUCUAACAACAGUAGUCAUUCUUGGUCUCGACAAGCAGCUUUCAGUAGAAAAAGAUCGGCAUCUUCCAGCCCACGAUUUGUUUCAUUACUUUCUUCAGAUGUAUCAUGGGAUAAUUCUGCUACCAGGUGUAAGAUGAGUGACGAGGAUGACAUGGAAGUCGUGCUUGACUGUCUGAGGUCCAGUUUAAACUCCCAAAAGGGAAUUAACCAGCAUCUCGAACAGCAGUUGAAACUGUUAAUGGAUUACUAAUACUGAAUGUAUAAAAACGGUUUUGUAGACAAAAUAUAAUUCCUGUAUUGCUUUUUUUAAUGUGUUCACUUUAUAAUCAUGGGAACUGAAUUACAGUUAAUAGAUUAAGAGAAAAA